AUGUCCCUUUACAAGCUAAUAAGCCCUAAAGCUUUUGUGGAACUAGCUAAGAAAGAAACGGCCAGACGGGUCAUUCCCAUUGACUCUACCUGGUAUAUGCCCAACACCGGUAAAAAUGGGAAGAAAGAAUUCAUGGAUAUUGAAAGGAUUGCCAAUGCUGUCUAUUUCGAUAUUGAUGACAUCAAAGACCACAAUUCCCAAUUUCCUCAUAUGUUGCCCAACCUUAAUACCUUCAAUGUCAAAAUGAGCGAGUUGGGUUUCUUACCAUCUGAUAUUCUCAUUGUCUAUGACCGCAUUGGUAACUUUUCUGCCCCCAGAUGUGCCUGGACAUUGGCAGUAUUCGGUCAUCAAUCGGUUUAUUUGCUUAAUAAUUUUCCAGCUUAUAAGAGGCAAGGCUUUCCACUCGAAACAUCCCCUCGAACCACUUUAUCUACGCUCACGCCUUCUCAUUAUGAAUCCUUCCAAGAUUUAACGUCAAAAGAUGUGGUGACCUAUGAGGAGCUUUUCAAACUAGUGGAGGCAGGGGAUUUGCAGCGCAAGUUCAACGUUUUUGAUGCGCGCGCUUUACCCCGUUUCACAGGUGACGCUCCAGAGCCCAGACCUGGUCUAGCAAGCGGCCACAUUCCUGGAUCGCAGCCUCUGCCCUUUACAGCUGUUCUGAAUGACGGACUGUUUGAGGACGAUCCAGAAAGAGCCCUCCAAAAACUACAGAACUACUUUUCCGAGGCCAAGUGCACCUUUGAUAACUCUAAACCUACAAUAGCUAUGUGUGGCACUGGGGUAACCGGUGUAAUCAUCAAAACCGCUUUGGAACGUGCUGGCAUCCACAAUGUAAGGUUGUAUGACGGCAGCUGGACUGAAUGGGCUUUGAGAGCUGAUUCUAAGUAUGUAGCGAAGGGUCGCGAAAGACAGAUUUGA